AUGUGGGCCGAGGCCCGGUCAAAAUUUGAGUGGCUUCUGCCCGAAAAUAUUCGGGACGGGAAGGGGAGGAGGCCUGGCGAGCCAGGGUACGAUUCGCGAAGUGUAACCGUCCCGCGUGCGAUCUUCGACAAGCUGUCAGCGUCGCAGAAGCAGUACUGGGGCACAAAAAGUCGCUACAUGGACACGAUUCUCUUCUUCAAAGUGGGCAAGUUCUACGAGCUGUACGAGGUGGACGCUGAGGUGGGCCACAAGGAGCUCGACUGGAAGCUCACUGUCAGCGGCGUCGGCAAGUGCCGCCAGGUGGGAGUGCCUGAGAGUGGCAUAGAGGACGCAGUUCAGAAGCUAGUAGCCAGAGGGCGCCACUCAACAGCAGCAAGCAAGAAUGUCAUUCGUCCAGGUGGCCAUUCCUCGGCCACCUGGACUCACAUUCACCUCCCAUUCCAUGUCUACUCACUCCCUUCCCGUUAUCCACUCAUAACUCUGCUCCGCCCAUCUCUGCUCCGCCCAUCUCUGCUCCGCCCAUCUCUGCUCCGCCCAUCUCUGCUCCGCCCGUCUCUGCUCCGCCCGUCUCUGCUCCGCCCAUCUCUGCUCCGCCCAUCUCUGCUCCGCCCAUCUCUGCUCCGCCCGUCUCUGCUCCACCCGUCUCUGCUCCGCCCAUCUCUCUUCCCUCUCGCCCGCAGCUACAAGGUGGGGCGCAUGGAGCAGCUGGAGAGCAGCGAGGAGGCCAAGGCAAAGAGAGGGCCAGGGGCGAUGGUGCAGCGGCAACUUAUGCAAAUUCUCUCCCCAGCCACCCUCACAGAGGGGUCACUCAGACCAGAGGCCGUGCACCUCCUGGCAAUUAAAGAGGUGAGCCGCUCUGCGCCCUGUGUGCAUUUCAAGUUAAAAGCAUUCUGCCAAUCCACCCUCACAGAGGGGUCGCUCAGACCAGAGGCCGUGCACCUCCUGGCAACUAAGGAGGUCACCACAGAACCUGCGUCCAGCAACAGCGCCGCCAGCAUUGACAACAUCAUCAUCAGCAGCAGCAGCCCUAACGGGACGCCUAACGGCACCCCGACCAGUGUUGCUUCUGGGUCUAUCCUCGUUGGCUUUGCGUUUGCUGACGUGGCAGGUGGGAAUGUCUACGUGGGUGCCAUGCGGGAUGACUCCUCCCGCUCCGCCCUCUCAGCGCUCCUCGUCCAGGUGGCCCCUCAAGAGCUGUUGUUUGAACUGGACGGUCUCUCCACCGACACGAGGAAGCUUUUGCGAAGGAGCUCAGGCCCAGGAAUCCUCCCGAUGCAGCUGACAGCCCUGGCGCCAGGUUCGGAGUUUCCCGAGCCUAAAGCAGCGGUGGCUCGGCUAAAAUCAUCUGGUUUCGGAACUGUGCAAGAGUCCCCACAGAGAGAGCCAUGCCAUGGGAGGGGGGCGGAUUCUCUAGUGCGGUUGCUGGUGGGAGGGGGAGAGGAGGAGGCGGAGGUAGCAGCAGCAGCGCUUGUGGCGCUAGGCAGCCAUCUGGAGCGAUUGAAGGUGGGAAAUCCUCGCCUUUCUCUCCUUUUCUCUCCAAGUUUCCUCCUUUUCUCCCGUCCCCCCCUUCUCCUCCCUUCCUCUCCAACUCCCCCUCGUUCCCCGCUUUCCGACUCAAAACCCGCCCGCUCCCCCGACUCCCUCCAUUUCCCCCUCCCCCUCCGCCCCUCGACCACCAACCAACGUGUGCAUGUGUCAGUGGAUCCCUGCAGCGCCCCCCUCUCCCCCCCUGCGCAACUGCAGCGCCCCCUCUCUCCCGCUGCAGCGCCUCCCUCUCUCUCCCGCUGCAGCGCCCCCCUCUCUCUCCCGCUGCAGCGCCCCUCUCUCCCGCUGCAGCGCCCCCCCCCCCUCUCCCGCUGCAGCGCCCCUCUCUCUCCCGCUGCAGCGCCCCUCUCUCUCCCGCUGCAGCGCCCCUCUCUCUCCCGCUGCAGCGCCCCUCUCUCUCCCGCUGCAGCGCCCCCCUCUCUCUCCCGCUGCAGCGCCCCUCUCUCUCCCGCUGCAGCGCCCCCCUCUCUCCCGCUGCAGCGCCCCCCUCUCUCCCGCUGCAGCGCCCCCCUCUCUCCCGCUGCAGCGCCCCCCUCUCCCCCUGCGCAACUUACCCCUUCGCUCUUCCUUUUCAUCCUGCAAACACCCCUUCGCCACUUCUCCCCACCGGUUCCCCUCCUCCCCCUUCCCGUCUCCCCAAUCCAUCUCUGUGUGCAACACCAUUGGAGUCCUACAGUGUCCCCCUCGCUUUUUGAGGCGCCUAAAAAACCAAUCAUUGAGGAGGCGCCUCAAAAACCAAUCUUUGAGGAGGCGCCUCAAAAACCAAUCGAUCUCUUGGAGCCCGUCAGUGCUCGCCUCGCUCGCCCUGCACCCCUUACCCUCCUUCCCCUGUUUUCCCUCCUGCUACCCUCACCUCCCCCACCCAACCCGGCCCCACCAGUGGAGCCCGUCAGUGCUCGCCUCGCUCGCCCUGCGCCCCUACUCCGUCUUCUCGGGUUCGCUGCGUCUGGACGGCCAGACGCUCAGCAACCUGGAGCUGCUCAGCAACACGCACAACGGCAGCACACAGGUCUUCUCACUCACCCUCCUCUACCCCCCCUCCUCCCCUCCUCCCCUCCUCCCUUCCUCCCCCCCCCCUCCUCCUCCCUUCCUCCCCUCCUCUCCUGCUCUCCUCCCCUCCUGCCCGCCUGCCCUCCUUCACUCGCCCUCUUCACCAUUUCCGAACGCACAGGCACUCUUCUGGGCUUUCUGGAUACGUGCGCCACGUCAGCAGGCAAGCGCCUUCUCCGCCGUUGGAUCUGCCACCCGCUGCGCUCCAUCCGCGAGAUCGAGCGCCGGCUGGACGCCGUCGAUGAGCUGGCGGGCUCGUCGCUCGCCACGUCAGCGCUCUCAUCCACCACGUCAGCAGCACAUGCGCGGGGAGAAAUCCGGGCAGCGAUGAGGCGGCUGCCGGAUCUGGAGCGCCUGAUUGGUCGAAUGAGAGCGAUGGGGGCGCCGGGAGGGGGAGGAGCAGGGGGUGUGGGAGAAGUUGGAGGUAGGGGAGAGGAAGGGAAUUGGGGAAGGGCCAGUGGAGGCCGAGAAGGCAGAGGCGGGGAGGAUGGGAGAGGAGGGGUGGGAGGAGGGGAGGUGGAGUGGGGGGGGUUAAGGUCUGCUUUAGAGGCGCUACCUGGACCAAUGGCAGAGCAGCUACUGAGGAAGCAGGUCGCCCUAUUCUGCUCUGCAGUGCGAGGGGUGCGUGCAGCCCUGCUCUUCCUCGAUUCCCUCCGCAACGGAUCUCUCACAGGGGAGCCUGUCACCUUCCGUUCUGCCAUCCUACGUGGCAUCAUGCGAUUGGCUCCUGCUGCCGCCUCUGCUGGCGGCGGAGAGGGUGGUUGGGAAGAGGAAGACGAGGCGGAGGAGGAGGAGGAGGAGGAGGAUGAGGGAGAAGGAGGAGGAGAAGGGGCAGGGGUGAGGAACCGCCAUGUGAGUAACGGUUACAACAAACAUGGUUGGGGAGACGAGAGGGGCCGGUCUAACACGGUGCAUCCCUCUCAUGCGACGGCAAGGACGAACGUUACGGAGGAGAUGAGCGGGCGGCGUGCGUUGGCAGUAUUGGAUGAGAUAGAGCAGUUCAUCGUGUGGCCGACUGCCACCCAGGGGAAGAGGGCUGGGACUGGGAACAGCAGGAACCAGAGCAAAAACAGCAGUAGCGGCACCGGUAGCAGCCAUCUGAGUGAGGCAGUGGCAGCAGAGGCGCGCCUGCUUUCUGCUCUUGUGGCGCGGCUCUCCUCGCUCCUCCCCUUCUGCUCGCUCCUCUCCGACUCCCUCGCCCGCUUUGACGUCCUCCUCGCCUUUGCUGAUGCCGCACAGACCGCCGCUGCUGCUGGUGGCGGUGCUGGUGGUGGUAGUGCAGGGCCCAUGUGUCGCCCCACAUUUGUGGCUGGAGGGGGAGGAGCGGAAUGCGUGGGAGGAGUGGGAGGAGUGGGAGGAGUGGGAGGAGUGGGAGGAGGGGGAAGGGGAGGGAAGGGAAGCGGGUCAGGGGGAGGCAGCACGUUUCAUGCGAGGGGGUUGUGGCACCCGUUUGCUGUGGGCGCCGGUGGUGGUGUGGUGGUUCCCAACGACGUGCUUCUAGGGGGCGUGCCAGGCAGCUCCGUAUCAGGAAUAACAGCAGCAGCAGCAGAAGGGGUGCAUGCGCGCACGAUGCUGCUGACAGGGCCCAACAUGGGCGGCAAGUCCACUCUGCUACGCGCUACCUGUGUCGCUGUCAUCAUGGCUCAGGUGACUUUUGAGUCGACUCAAAGGCCAACCGCGAUCCCCUCCUCCCUCCCUUUCACCAGAUGGGAUGCUAUGCGCCUAGGCACGUUCAUGGUGGAGUGCAGGGAGGCAGCAGCAGUGCUGCCUGUUGGGUUGACUGGAAGCACGUUCAUGGUGGAGUGCAGGGAGGCAGCAGCAGUGCUGCGGUGUGCCACAAGGGACUCGCUUGUCAUUCUGGACGAGCUGGGCAGGGGAACGUCCACCUUCGAUGGAUACGCCAUUGCACAUGCGGUACGUGAUGUGGGCGUUUGGGAUUCUCCUUUGAUGCGCCUCACAAGCUACUCCCUGGUCAUUUGGGACGAGCUGGGCAGGGAUACACCUACACGUUCGAUGGAGACGCCAUUGCGCAUGCGGUACGUGGUUGUGGUAUUGAACUAUCUCACCUCGCGCCUUGACUGUCGGCUCCUAUUCGCCACGCACUACCAUCCCCUCACCUCCGAGUUUGCGGGCCAUCCGCAAAUCGCAUUGCGACACAUGGCGUGCCAAGUACAGGCAAGCAAGGGCGGCGACGGGGAAGAGGACGAAGAGCUUGUCUUUUUGUACAAGUUGCAAUCCGGUGCCUGUCCGAAGAGCUACGGGUUGAAAGUAGCGUCCAUGGCCGGAAUUCCGUCUCGUGUGGUGGCGAAUGCGGCACAAGCAGCUUCGGCUCUUGAGCAUGAGCUAAGCGAUAAGUUUGACAACCCUGAGCCGCUUGCAGCUAGCACAUUGCUUGAUCUUGAGAGGUCAUGGGUGCAAACGCUGCAAGGGGUUGCGCCAUUUGGUGCUUCUGGUGGCAAAAUGCCUGAUGAGGAUGUAGAGGAUAUGUUUGAGACUCUGUAUUGCAUCUGGCACGAGUGCGCAUCGCUUGCUAAUUCGGCUGGCGUGGGAGGAGGGCCUUUCUACAUGCCGCUGUUCCACUCUGUUCUCAAAUUCAAUCUUGUCAAAUCCACCGCCCUUUCCCAUACCGUCGUGACAUCAAGUGCAAUUGCUAGCACUCUCUAUGGACUAUGGGAGUCGAGUCCUGAAGUUCCGUCCAUGCCACUGGUUGACUUGAGACUUGCACUGGCAUUGCUCCCGUCUCUCCUAUUUGGAGUUGGAAUUGGAGUUCUAAUCAGCCCGACUCUUCCUCACUGGAUUCAGCUACUCGGGUUACUGAUUUUGCUCAUUUUCGUUGUACAUAAGACGUAUGCACGAGCACGAAGGUCAUGGAAGAAAGAGUCAGAAAGAAGGAGGGUUGCACAUACUGCUGCUGCCGAAGGACUCCUGCCUGUCUCAUUCGUCAACCCAGAUGAAUCGGGCCAGCAUCAAGUUACGUUUGACGUUCCCGAAACAUGUGAGGGAGUGGAUUUCCUGUCAGUGGCUGGAUGUGAGAUUUCGCAGUUCUUCAACCGCCACUGGAAGUGGAUGCAGCAUUAUCUGAAUGAAUCAGGAAAUCAGCUUCUCUCGCACAUCCACCACGUGGCAAUGCCAUUUCUCUACACCCUCGUUCUUUGGUCUCUUUUCAUGGCUCUUCAGUGGGGUCUUAGUCAAGCUAGCCGCUGUUCCUCGUCCUUUUUCCAGCUGUGGGGGUUGCAGCUGUUUGUCUGCAUCGCUGCUGCAGUUAGCACCAUUCAAGGACAGCUGCGCAUGCACCCUGCAACAUGCAGGCCUACGUCUCUGAGCCCAAACCUUGCUCGGCUUUUCUCAUCAGGCUCUAGCAUUUCCCGCUUUUUGAAGAUCUCUGUGAUCAUUGCAUGUGCUGGAGCUAUGGCUGGGAUGGUGGGCAUCGGAGGAGCACUUAUUUUCAACCCAUAUCUCCUUAGUCUCGGCCUUCACCCACAGAUCUUGGCCUCGACAAGUGUUUUCAUGAUCCUUUUCAGCAGCAGUGCCAUCAGCAUCUCGUUCUUCUUCCAUGGUUUUCUGAACACUAGCUAUGCAGCUGUGUUUGCUCCUGUGGCAUUCCUUGGGUCGCUGGUUGGAGUCUUCGUUGUUGGGAGAAUCGUGAGAAACACAGGUCGUUCAUCCAUUGUUAUCUUCAUUCUGGCCAUCUUGAUUGGUCUAGGAGUUUUGGUAGCCAUCAUUGAAGCGCACGACCUUGACCUAAAACGCAAAUUCGCGGAAAUCCCGAGCCGCUAUGACUUGGACUCUCCAACGACCAAGCGCCUUCGCGGCGUGCGUCAGCGGUCGUGGGGCAAGUGGGUAUGCGAGAUCCGCGAGCCGCGCACGCGCGCGCGCGUGUGGCUAGGAUCGUACAGCACCGCGGAGGAGGCCGCGCGCGUCUACGACACCGCCGCGCUCAUGCUGCACGGCGCGAGCGGCGCGGAGCGCAGACUCAACUUCCCGGACGCUCUUCAAGCGGACGGGGGGAUCCGCCCCGUUAUAGUGUCGCGCACUAUAGCGGAAGGUCUGCUCCGCGUCGUCAAUGCUCUGACUCUUUCGCAGCAGUCGCAGCAGUCGCCAUCCCAACAAGAAGAUUCGAGUAAUCCAUCUUGCGCUUGUGACAUGAUUGUCGAUGCCUCCACCUUUGCUGCGACGGGCAGUGCCCGCCGCUCCACUGGUGCUACCGCAUCUGUCCCCACGGUUCACGCUAGCCCCACCUUUACCGGCGAGUGGGUGCGCCUCGAGGUUACCGGCUCCAACGUCGUCUUCUCCGAUUGCGCGAGCCCGGGUAUCACCACCACCGCGAUUCCCGCCGCCGGUCGCGGCGGCGUCUUUCCAGACGCGUCGUCCGUCAAAUCCCCGACGGCGAACGGCCAGAUCUCGCCGAAACGCGGCGUCGCCGCUCGGAAUGCCGUCACCGCCGCCGAUUCAAACGCCGCCGCUUGCGCGUCUGGCGUUACGUCAGCAGCCGCGUCGCAAGUUGCGCCUGAGAUGGAUUUCGUCAGCAGCCGCGUCGCGGCGCCAGCAGAUUCCUUCUCCGCUGCCCUGUCGCUCUUCUCCGACGCGCCUCCCACCUUUUCCGCCGGUCCCCCCAUAAUCGUCCCCUCCCGCCGUUCCUCCGCCCUGUCUCUCCCCGGAAGCCCUAUGAGCGGUAUGGGGUACAGCCCCGCGCGCGUCCGCUCCCCCUCCCGCUCGCCGCUGCACUCCCCGCGGUUCCCCCCAGGCCCGUCGUUUGGCGGCUCCCGGGCGUUCCCCGCAACCACCGCCCCUUCCUCCCCACGUGCGAUUAGCGCCUCAGCUUUUUCCGUAAUGUCCCCGUUCGCGGAUUCCGCCGCUCCCGUCGCUUCCGCCGCUUACGCCGGCGGGGCGGAGCUUUCGCGCGCGCUGCUCGCGCACCCCACCUUCGCGCACCUCUGCGCGCCUUCCGCACAGCUCACCACCGAUACCCUCACUGCUGAUCAUAUCCCAGCUUCCACUGCAGAUCAAAUGGCCACUGCUAAUCCCGCCAUAGACUUUCCUCCCCUUACUACCGCAGCUGCUCCCAACUCUGCUCCACCCGCCGCUACUCUUGCUGCUCCCCCCAGUGCUCCCAGCAGCAGUUGUGCAGUUCAAAAUCUAGACAGCAAUUUCACGAGCUACACCUCUUUCGCUCCGUUUCUCACUGAUCUGGGACAGGAGGACAGCGAUAUUGUCAACAGCAGAUCUAGUAACGCGGAUAGCAGCAGCAUGGACACGUCAUCCCCUACUGCUAAAGCGGGGCCCUUACAGCAGCCCCCAAGCGUCUCCCCCCAGGCUCCCCUAAACCUGCCCAGUUUCUCCUCUCAGCCGCUCCUGAACCUGCCCAGCUUUUCCAAGACGGCACCGGACCAAACGGGUUCCUUGCCUCGACUGCCGAGCCUGCCAGGGGAGUUCCCGUCGCUGCCGAGCCUGCCGGCAGAGUUCCCAUCGCUGCCGAGUUUAGACUGGAAGGAGAUUGAGGAGUGCCUGGGGAAUCCAGAGGGUUCAAUGCUCACUAGCUGA